CUCCAGAAGUUUCAGCAGAAGGCUCUGAAGCAAACUAAGCAGAAGAAAUCCAAGUCGGCUGAAUUUCUGAUGGUUAAAAAAGAUAGAGAAGCUACAGAAGGCACUGGGAAUCCAGCUUUUAACAUGAGCAGCCCAGAUCUCUCAGCACAUCUGACUUCAGAAAAGAAAGUUAUUAGACAUGACAUUCUGGAUCGCACCCUUGCAGCUCACGAACAAAAAUUCAGGCCGCUAGCCUCUGCUGAACCAAAAGGAAAUGAAUACAGCAGAAAUUACUUUGACCCACUGAUGGAUGAGGAAAUAAACCCAAGGCAGUGUGGGAUGGAGGUCAGCGGAGAGGUUUGUUUAAUGGCUGAAGCAGAGAAAGCAGAAUCAGGUGUGGAUGACACAGCUGGCCCUUCAGAGAAACAAACAGAGAACAUUUGUGCCUCAAGGGGUGAUGAAGCUAAACCCUCUUCACAUUCCUCUCAAGGAAGUGUUUCUAAUAAAAUUGGUCCCUGCCCUAUGGACUGUGAUCUCAAUCUUUCAAAAGAAGCCCAUGAAUUACACAAUAAGGGCUCCUCAGAAUCCUUGGUUGAUCAUUCUGUGAAGGAAAAAUCAACUGCUUGGAAAACUGGAGAAAUUGAAGAUUGUUCACAGGAUGCAUCUUAUUUGGAGGAACUGGAGAAACACAGAUUUUCAGUUUGCUGUUCUUCAGUUGCUGAUGGUACUGGAUGUGGAGAAUUCUUCAAGCAUCUCUACUUCGUGCUGGCGUCAGUGUUUUCAGAACUUCAGUUCGCUCAAUGGCAAAGCCAGGGUUUCUGGUACAUUAUCUUGCUGACGGCUUCUCUCUGGUUCCUGAGGCUCUACCUGCAUUACCUGAGCCAGUGGCUUUUCCUCCAGGCCCUUUCAACUCCUGUUACAAAAUUCCAUUUUUCCCCCCUCACUGUUGAGCUCUGCUAUCCAACCUCUUCCCUUCACAUCGGAGAAGAGUAGCUUGUGGUUGCAGUGGGUCCCUUAAUGCUGAACACAGUGGUACUUCCCUUGGUUCUGAUCAGAUGGGGCUGUCAGCUGCUGUUUGCCUUCUGCCCUGAUGUCCUGUCAAAGUUAAUCAUCACCAUGGGACUAUGGACAGUUCUGGACCCACUGGCAGUGUUUAUUGUGGAUACUAUCCUGGGGCUUACACAUAACGGGGAGACUCCUAUAGCUGAUGCAGCAAAGCUGUGCUGGAUGUUUGAG